UAUCGUCGGGUGUCUCGCCGCUGCCGCUGUCUCGCGGAAGGUGGUUAUCGGCGCCGGUGUGAGGCGAAGCGCGGGAGCCGUCACCAUGACCUCUGCCUUGGAGAAUUACAUCAACCGUACUGUUGCAGUAAUUACUUCUGAUGGAAGAAUGAUUGUGGGAACCCUCAAAGGUUUUGAUCAGACCAUUAACUUGAUUUUGGAUGAAAGCCAUGAACGAGUGUUCAGUUCCUCACAAGGAGUUGAGCAAGUAGUGCUGGGAUUAUACAUCGUAAGAGGUGAUAAUGUUGCUGUCAUUGGUGAAAUUGAUGAAGAGACAGAUUCAGCUCUUGACUUGGGAAAUAUUCGAGCAGAACCUUUAAACUCAGUUGUGCAUUGAAAAGAUGGAAAUGCACAGGGACUUUGUAAAUCUUUGGUUGUACAGACCUAUUUAACAACGUGGAAGAUUUUUACAAAUCGUGUUUAAUUUGUUUAGUCACCAGUUUUUAUUAUGAAUAUGUUGUAGUUUUGCAUGUAAAUUAAAGUUUCUAUGUUUU